AUGUCUUUUCCAAGCCUCUUUUCGAUAUGUUUCGAUUAUAUCAAGGAGCAUACACAAGGCAUUGUUUCUUUAGAAGGAGUACCAUUCAAUCCAAUUGUUGAGAACCUGAUACAACACUUAUUUACAUCGGAUACUCCGCUCAAUUCAUCCAUUCUAUCCGUCAUUGCAGAAUCUCAUUCAAAAGAGCUUCGAAAAGCAGAACUUGCAUGGAGCAGCCUCUUGCUGUCGAAAGCAGCCAAUCGAUCAGCUGUCCCCGCAUUAACAGCUAUAUCAAAGCACUUUCCAAAGUUCAUCACAUGUUUGAAAUUAGGACAAAGCAACAUUAGCAAUCAGGAUAUCUUCCUUUUGCGUGGAUUUACAAACCUCAAAACACUGCAUUUGGGGAAGAAUCCCAAAAUUACGGACCGUGGGGUGCUUUAUCUUACCAGCAUCAUUUCUGCAGCGCCUUCCAUUGGACUACCUUACUUGGAAGAUCUACAUUUGUGUGAUCUACCUGGUAUUACCGACAAAAGUUUGAAAUUUAUUGGCAAAAUACCAACGCUUGUGUACAUUGAUAUUUCCAAUACCAACAUUACAGAACUUGUUGCACUUCGAUAUCUAUCAAAGAUAGGAUAUAAACGUAUCACUGAACGUAUCACACCAUUCGAGAUCAAGUCUGCUUUUGACAUCUUUGCAAACACUAAAUUCUACCGGUUUAUCAAAGACCUGGCAUAUCAGUACGAUCAGGGACAGAUAACUAGGCCAUUGACGGCGGAAAAUUUGUCAAAUUCGAGCCAGCCAGCACUCCAUUUCUCAAGAACACUUACAAAGUAUGCUGGUGUUGUCGAGGAGAAGAAACCGCCAGCCAGACUAGGGCCUGCUGCCAAGAAGCAAAAACUGACAACAAAUGAUUAUCUAGCCAUGUUUGAACAGGAGAUUGCAGACGAUGAUUAG